GAUUUAAAGCCAGCUAACGUGUUGCUCUCGGACGACGAUAGGCCUGUACUGAUGGAUUUUGGUUCUUGUUUUGUUUGCCCAAUUCUGAUCACGGAUGGUAGGGAAUCUAGAAUACAGUUGGAUGAAGCUGGUGAACUAUGCUCAAUGCCAUAUCGAGCUCCAGAACUUUUUGUUUGCGAAGUUGGUUCAAAAAUUGAUCAGUCUGUAGAUAUCUGGUCUCUUGGCUGCCUUCUCUUUGCCUUAUGUUUUUUUCGCUCACCAUUCGAUGAUAUCUAUGAACGCGGCGACAGUAUUGCUCUUGCUGUGCAGUCAGGGAAAAUUGUGUAUAAUGAGAAUCACCCGUACAGUCAAAAAAUUUUGAAUGCAAUUCGUGCAAUGAUAGCUGUGGAUCCGCGAGAUCGUCCUAACAUUGCUGCGAUAUGUGAAAUGUUGGAGAAUUCUUAA